AUGCACGGUCUCGCCAAACUGGCACUCACAGGCCUUCUACUCAUAUCACCAGCGACAUGCUUCUCAAACUCCAAACCACCCGGCAAAGACGCUAUCUUACUAUCAAACGUCCAAACUUUAACAUUACGCGCGCAUCGCAUGACAAGCUCACGUCGCGUCUCACCAAUCCCCCAACUCAGCUGCGCAGGCCCAUCAAAACAAAUAUGCAACCUCUAUCAACCAGAAAUAAUGCGUUGCACAAACCAAGGAUAUGAUUACGACGCUGAAGACGUGCAGUGGACCUGCACCGCAGACAUGCCGGCAGAGUUCAAGCUCGGCGCAACAGAUGUUAUCUGCGAGGGGUACCGAAAUGCCGAUGAUAAGUGGGUGCUGAAAGGGAGUUGUGGGGUUGAGUACCGGCUGCUCUUGACCGAGGCUGGAGAGAAGAGGUUUGGCAAGAAAGCCGCGGAGUGGGACUGGGAAGGGAAGGGCCAGUCCAAGACUGGGUUUCAAAAGCUGAUGACGGCGCUUGGGGAUUUGAUUUUCUUUUGGUUCAUCGCUGCUGUUCUCAUUCUGAUACUGGCGCAAUGCUUCGGGUUGGGGAAUCGGCGAGCCAGGGGUCCGGGUCCGGCCCGGGGGUGGGGCGGAUUCUGGGGUGGAGGUGGUGGAGGUGGUGGUGGUGGAAAUGAUCCUCCGCCCCCUUACAGCAGUUUCGAUCCUUAUAAAUCUGCUGGUAGGCAGCAGGGCUGGACACCAGGUUUUUGGACUGGUGCGCUAGGCGGUGCUGCCGCUGGUUACCAGAUGGGGAGACGUUCUGAUAAUGGAUCACGCGACAGAAUGUCAAUGGGCAGGUCUGGCGGAUAUGACUCCGGUGAAGGCAGCUCGCGUUCGCCGCCGCAGUUUUCGUCUACGACUGCUAGUACUGGAUUCGGGUCAACCAGGCGUAGGUGA